UCGUCAACUUCAGUACGUAAAAGCUAGGUCAUUCUACGAUAGUGUCUGGCAGUAGCAGGUCGAACCACCACGUGUGACCCAGAUUUACACGACUACCAGUGUAUGUGCCUUAGGACAGAAGACUGAUAACUUCCAAGUGAUAUUUUGUGAUACUAGUUCAGUAAGUUCGAUAAAAAAAAUUAAAAAUGCCGGCUCCACAAGAAAUUCAAACCGAAAUCGACGACGUUGGAGAGCUAAUCUCAUCCGCUAAACUAAUGGAGGCUCGGGACAGCAUUUCCUCCAUAGACAGCGAUGUCUCAUUGUCUUUCGAUCAAGCUCCACUUACGGAACCCCCUACAGAAGCCGAGGAUGAAGGGGCGCACAUGGCAGAUCUCAGCGACAGCGCCUCGGACACGGGCUCCGCAGGGGGUGGCAAAGACUCCGGGUGCGAAGUCACUCCGGAGGUCACCGAACCUCCCUUCACACCGCCUUCCGAUGAGUUGGCCGACAAAAUUGUACAGCAGGUAGAGUUUUACUUUUCCGACGCUAAUAUCACGAAGGAUGCCUUCCUGCUGAAACACGUGAAGAGAAACAAGGAAGGGUACGUCUCCCUCAAGCUGAUUUCUAGUUUCAAACGGGUCAAGCACAUCACGAAAGAUUGGAGGGUUGUAGCUCACGCUUUGGUGAGAUCCAACAAGCUAGAAAUCAACGAGGCUGGUACGAAACUCAGAAGAUUGGAGGCUCUGCCUCAAUACGACGAAACCACCCCAUCCAGAACGGUUGUGGCGGUGCACAUGCCAAUUGAGAAGCCCACGAUAGAAAACGUGGCGGAACUGUUCAAAUCUUGUGGAGAAAUUGCCCUAAUUCGUAUUCUGAGACCUGGCAAUCCUAUCCCAGCUGAUGUGCGGCAAUUUAUCAACAAGAACCCUUCUUUGGCUGGCAUGGUGUGCGCCCUAGUAGAAUUCGUAAAUUCAGAAUCUGCGAGAAAUGCCAUCCACCUGCAGAAUUCUCUGGGAGAACCUAUGAAGGUAUACGAAUUGAACAAUGUCCCUCACCCAGAAAGGAAGAAGAAGAUUAAUAACAAGAAGAACAGUACUACUACCAAUAAUUUCUUGAAUAGUAAAAACGUCACGUCUGAAUCGGAUUACAUUUCGUCGUCCUGUCAGAGCGGUUCGGAAGCUGAGGAUAUGAAGAAAUUUGAUCCAAGAGGUAAAAUGCGUCGUGGCUCAUCAGCACACUUCCCCUCUCGCUUUAUUGAACCCGCGGCCUGGCUGCAGAGGCGGCUUUCUGCUUCCAGCACGGAAGCUAACUUCAUCUACAUGCCGAGGCGCCUCUCCUACAGUAGCAGGGAUUCCAGCGACUCGAGUCUCUUCUUGCCAAGGAGAAUGAGUGCGUGCAGCGUCUCUAGUAACGACAGCUUCAGCAGGAGAAUGUCAUCUGCCAGCGAAUACAGCAAUCCAAGAUCGAGGAGCAAUAGCUCCGCUUUCCAAAACGCUGAAAACGUACUCAGGAUGCCCAAGGGGCCCGACGGCAGCAGAGGUUUCAGGCAAAGAUUGCCAACUCUGGCGCAGUAGGUUAAGUAAUGGCUCAGGACGCAUUGAAGUGUUUCUCGAUUUAGAAAUAGGUGGGCACAAAACUCAAAUCUGUUCAUUCCUUUCGAUUUGUUCUUGAGCUGAAAAUGUUGUUGUUGAGCACCCUCUGUACCUAAGUUCUUAUAAUCCGUUCAGUAAGCAGAAUGAAAGGCAUUCUAAUCUGCAUACUCAAUCAAAUCCGUAGCCAAGAAUGGUUUUCACGUAUUUCAAACUUCUACCUAUAAGACUUGAUACAAACAACUACUGAAUAUUAAAUUCUGACUACCAACAAUGUCACUAACCGUUAUUUUUGAAUGCAGUAACUAUUUGUUCCAUAUUCGUACGUUUAACGUCAUAUUUAUACACAUGGGUAGGAAAGUAAUUAUUCAAUAAUUAGACGUCAACAGCAUCAGCCCGGUAAAUGUGUAUUUUGAACAAAACUUGGAAACCAAUUUUUUUUGAGAUGAGCUAUUUCUGCCUUCCAAUAGCACACCCCUACCUCUCAAAUUGAAUAUACUGUAGUGAAAAAGCAAUAGCUUAUGUCACACUCACUGGAUUGAUCACUAUAUAACAAAUUAUCAAAUUCUUUGAAUUUUUCUGGUUUUGACUUGAGAAAAAAAUAUCAUCAACUUCCCUGGGAAUGUCAUCACCUAUCUAUUGAAAGUUCCUGAUACAAAAACUUGAAAAGUGGCCAUAACUUUUUUCUAUCUCAUAUUUUGGUAAAAAUAUUCUCUUACUUGUGAAAUUCCAAUUGACAAAUUCCGUUACAAGCGUUUAUAAAUAGAACAUAUUUUCAAUAGCUCUCAGACCUUAGACUCUCGAUCUAACAUCAACUACUUCCUGAGAUUCUUUCAGAUAAACAAUCGUUCAAAAUGUAUUCUGAAAGAGGAAGGUCAACGAAUAUUACAGGAAAUAAAAAUCCAUGUAAGGAGAGAGAAGUUGACCCUGUAUAUCCAAGGCGUACUCUUCCAUACCUCUUUGAAUAAUUAAUGAAAAUUACAACAGGAAGUAAAUAUCGUACACGACUUGUCAGCAAUUUAAAAAUUGGAAAUGUCUCAAAUUGCCCAAAGCAUAUCCUUUCAAAUUGUUGUUACCUUCGAUGAAACAAAGUUGGCCAUCAAAACAUGUUGCUUUCACGUAGUGAUUAAAAAUUCUGAAUAUAUGUCAAUAUUGAGAUUUGAAUUAUCAUGUAUUCAACUUUGACCAAAAGCGCCAUUAGAUAUUAAUAUUACUUGUUACCGUUACAAAUUUGUAUAAAUCGAUAAUUGACUCACAAAUUAAAUAGCAUGAAAUCAAUGUUAUGUAUUAAAUUCAAGGUGACGCUCAUGCCAUACCAUAUAUUACCAUAGUUUUUUGUCACCUUUCGCGUACUAUCUUGUAACACCUCCAAGGUCAGUCUCACAACGGAUAAUCGUGUAAAUAUAAGUGCAGCAGGUGAAUCAUCUCGGUUCUUAUUCAUAACAACUUAUUUUUAUACGGUUUCAAUACCUUGAAGAUCAACCAGUUCAAUGUUUUUAUUGAACGUUUCCAACUUUGUAACCAGAUGGCCAUUAAGAAGGAUUGCUGAGUCAGAAAUUCAAAUGAUUGUUAUCAUUCAACUGAACUGUUAAAAACUCAUUAUGAACGUUUUUCGAAAAUUGUUCAUAUGGUAAACUGAAAGUUAUUUCUAAUUUUUGCAGAUAUUCUAUUGAGCUUAUUAAGAAAAUAGUUGAACAUUUUCCAAAAGAUACAGCUAGAGACGAUUCUCUUCCUCCAAAAAUAUGCCUUGAUAUUUUUGUAAUUAUUCGUAAAAGAUACUCUACUAUGUUUAUACACCUAGAUAUUUUUUCCAUUACUCGUUUUUUCCAAAAUGUGGAAGGUCAAAAAACUCUCAAUAUAGUUUUCCAUUUACUGUUUCGAGCUACUUACAUGCAUCUUUUUAUCCAAUUUCACUCCCCAGCUCAAAUCUUAUAUAAAGUCAAAAAGUGUUUCUUUGGAUGUUUCGAUAUCUGCAUUUUCUGAAUUUGAGAAAAAAAUUAUCAUUUUUAUUGAGUUAUAAGGGAUGAAAUAGCGACCAGUGAAUGAGAACGCAAAUUGUAUUAAUAACGUUAAAAUAACAAAAACAAUUCACGUACGCACUCACCGAUCUAUUCCAAUUUCUAAUUAUCGUGUGAUAUUUGGUCUUGCUUGAAAAACUGUAGAAAGUACAUUUACCGAAGCCUUCUCUUUUCCAUCGAUAAUUAUUUCCCAUUGUAAAGUAGUACGCACGGCUCUGAUUCCAAACGUGAAUGCAUUCAGUUUGCGGCCUACUUCUAGUCGCACUUUCACCGAAUGUACAGUUCGAAAUUAUUAUUUUAAAAAAUGAAGAAAACUCAGAAUUUCUCUAUUAGAACGGCACGACUAUCAGUGGUGUGAUUUCCAUUCGGAUAACGUCACGCUUUUUAGUUUCCAAAUUGGAAUGUAUUUCAAUGCAUUUUAAGCAUUUCCAGUCAAACGAACACAGUCAAAUACAGAAAAAUAUAUAUUAAAAGCAUUCUCUGUUGAAAAAAAUACCAAUAAACGCAUAAAUAUUUCACUAAAUCAACUACAAAACUACUACUUAUACCUACACAAGAGGAACGAUAUGAGAGCAAAUAAAAUGAAGGACAUUUUGAUUUCGACAAACCUGAUUACAUUGAAAUCGUUGUUUAACUUGAAACAAAUUAUCAAUUAUGUAAAUGAAGUAUUGAAUCUAAUGAAUCAUCAGAACUAAGCCGUAGAAAUACCUAUCAAUAAAACAUUUUUCAGGGAAGAUGUUUAAAAUCUGUGCCGAGCUUUGUUCAAAAACAACUAGAAACGUAAACAUCAUUCAAAGACAAUUUAAGAAGUGACUUGAAAAGUGACUGCUGUUACAUUUAAUAACACAUAAACAAAGACAGAUCAAAUUAUUCUUCCCAUGAUCUUCUGACGAGUUUCUUUAAAGAGACGUAUUAGAGAAGACAUAUUCUGAUUUUGAAAUGUCGGAAAAAAUUUGUUGGUGUGAAUGAACUUUUGCUUCCAUACCUAGCUGUUAUUAUUCAAUUAAAAUUGUAAAGGAAAAUAGGUAUACUUUCUAACCUGACUUGUUUUCAUUCGAUAUGCUUCAUUUAUUAAUUUAUGAUUACUAAUUAAUUGGUAAUUUAUGUUUUGUAGAGAUAAUUAUAGGCAUCCGUUUUGUUUUAAAAAUGGUGAUCUAACCUCUGUUUAUGAAUAUGUUAUAUUUUCAAUGUGUGAGGUAAUUCCGAUUAGGAUUUCUGUUUUUAAUGAGAUUUAAAUAUAUGUAUAUUUUUUAAUUUAUUACUAGGUCUGUUAAGUUCGAUGUAUAGUUCUAGGUAUAUUUAGGGUUUUGCAGUUACAACUGUUUUGUACUAUACUUUUCACUUGAAUUUCAAGUAUUUUUAUCUUGUUUCAAUUUUAUACAUUCCUUUUCGGUGUAUAAUUUGUACUCGUAUUGAACAUUUAUAUUUAUUAUAUUUUAUUUAUUCAAGGAUUGCAAAUUAAAGCCACUUUAUAUAA